AUGAGCAGGCAGCCGCGAAUCCUUGAGUUUGGGGCGGAGGAGAAGGUCAGCUUGCCGAUUGUGAAGUUCCCGCCGUUCGGGCUGAGGGCGGCGUUGGUGGAGAAGGACCCGGUCGUGUGGGUGCAGCUGCUGGAAACGUACGUGACGCACCUGCAGUACCUGAUGGCGCAGGGCAGGAUCGACAAGAUAGACGGGACCACGCACGAGCGGCUGGUGGUGUUUGUGCAGGCGUACCUGCACGAGAUGGCGGAAGAGGACGGGAAGGUGCUUUCGCUGGGGAUGAAUAUGGAGGUGCAGCGGCAGCUAGCGGCGCUGCGGCGCAUGGUACUGGUGGUGGUUCGCAGCUGCGGACUGCUGCACCUGCAGAUAUUCUCGGACGCGAUGUGGAACCUGGUGCGGGUGUAUGUGCGCGAGUAUCCGGACACCGUGCGCAGCCUGAUCGAGGGCAGCCUGCAGCCUGUGAUCAACACGCAGAAGGCCAGUCUGAACCGGGUGUACCAGGUCCAGCAGUAUGUGCAGCAGCGCGUGGAGGCCAAUCGGUUCACGCGGGGCGAUCUGAAGGCGCUGGAGGAUCUGCUGGCUGCGCGGAGCCGAGCCGCCAACACGUUCGUAUUGUCGUUCGUGAACGUACAAUGGGUGAACAUCUUGGAGGGCAUGUACCAGAACGAGUCGAACGCGCGGCUGCGCACAUGGGCCAGGAACCUCGGUGUGCUGAGCUACCUGUCUGCGUCGGAGACGCGGCUGGAGGAGCUGCUGCGCGAACUGGACGUUGUGAGCCUACAGACGCUAGCCGUGUUCCCGCUGCUUGGCUCGCUGCUGAUUUCAGCUGCGUUCAGAGAGCGCAUGCCGCGGCUCUACAUCAAGGUUCCCUUCUUGGCUCUGGUGGACUACGAUGGCGUCGAAGAAGAGUCGCCACCCGUGGAUCCAGUUGCCGCAGACAAAGCUGCCCUUGCGACAGUGCACGAGCUGUUCCCGCAGGUUACAGAAUACCAGGUUGCACAGCUACUGCUUACCCAUGAAAAUAACGUCGAAUUGGUGAUUAACGAUCUAUUCGAAGACCCCACGCUGCUAGACAGAAUCCCCGCUGAAGAGCCCACGAAGCCGCCGCUGAAGGUCGCUAACAAUCGCAGCAAGAAGAAAGAGCUACGGCUCCGUGAUAGAAUAGUGCGAAAGCAGCUUGCCUACAGCUCGAAUGUUCCUGACGAGGUACGCAACAAGACCCUGACACAGGCAUUACGCCUCCUGUACGAAAAUGAUGGCGACGAACGUGAUGACACCUACGAUGAGGCGGAGACGCUACACCCCACUGGUGAGAGAGUCCAGGUUGAGGCAGCAGAAUCUCCAGAAACGUCUCAGUACGACCGAGUUGAAGCUCAUCUUUGGGAAUUAUUGAAGAAAGACAAAUCUCUAUUUACCAGAGAGCAGAGGGGAUCCGCCAAUCGCAGAGAUCUCAAACAGUCAACUUUGUGGUCCGACGAACAGAUAGAAGGCUGGGCUCGUAUGCUAGAAAGAAGUCCGAGACGAGCGCAGAUAUUGGAGGAAAAGUACAUGUUUGCAGGGAAUGUGCGCACAGGUAAGAAGAAGUUCACGCAAAACAGCGGUGACCAGCCUGCGCAGUCCACGGAAGAACCCGCAGCAAGCCCUAGGAGCGACAGCAAUAGUGCCGGUCGGAAGCAGGCACCUCCCUCGAAGAAACAGUUUGCCGGCAACGAAAGAAAUAAGCGUUCGCGCGCUAACCACAAUAGAAAGGCCGCCCGUGGUAAAAAGGUUAGCCGCGGUAGUGAGCCACAACCAUGA